UAUAGAAAUUAUUAUAGGGUUGGAUAAACUGGGUGUGAAUAAGGGCUGGUAUAACGGUGGUUGGACGGGAUCAAGAAGAAGAUCUCUUUAAUUCAUCAUGGCCACCAUGAUGAUAAAUAUAUUGCUUGCCUUGUGCUUCUAUCAAGGUUUAGUAGAGGCAGCUAGACCAAUAUUUGUUGAUAAUAUGAACCUAUUAUAUAUAGAGGAAGAUGAAGUAAUUGGUAAAAGUGUAUACACGCUGUAUGCUCGGGACCCUGCUGGCGGUAAAGUAACGUAUGGUAUAGUAGCUGACAUGUUUAAAGUUGAUGAGAAUACAGGGGAUGUGACUCUUACUCGAUUACUGGAUUACGAAGCGGGUGAAAUUGCUUUGAAUAUCCGUGUUAUUGCUAGAGAUGCUAAUCAACUAGAGACAUCUCAAGAGGUAUCGGUCAAUGUUGUGGAUGCUAACGAUAAUGACGCUGUGUUUACUGAAAAUCAUUAUGAUAUUCGGGUUGCCGAGACUACUCCCAUUAAUUCAGUUAUAUUUCCAAAUUUAACGGUAACCGAUAAAGAUUACGUAAACAGUGAUUUGACAGUAAGGUGUGAUACCAGUCUAGUUGAUGUUGUGUAUAAGGACUCGUGUAAUAUCUUUCUCUUGAAAAGGUUAUCAUAUUCCAGGCGUUUAUGGAGGGGUAAUUUAGUUUUAAAUCAAAGUCUUGAUUAUGAAACCAGACCAACGUACCAGAUCAGUUUGAUAACUUUUGAUGGUAGAAAUAGACAUACCCAGAGUUUAGAAAUACAAGUUGUUGAUGUCAAUGACGCUCCUCCUUAUUUCAUUCGUCAAGUGCCUGCUGUUGUCAGUGAGGAUACACCAGUUGGUAGUGUUGUAAACUAUGUCAUCGCAGUAGACGGGGAUAGGACUAAUAAACGACCAAUCAGAUACAGGCUCACUUGUACUGAUGGUAAAUAUUUUGCUGUGGACUAUGUAAGCGGGAAUAUAACAAACAUAGCUGUUUUAAAUCGUGAAAAUCCAGAUCUAGCGCAAGGAUAUGUUGAUUUAUGUAUUCGGGCAAGUGAAUUAAUAAAUCAAGCUACAGGAGAGAUUGGUAAUACAAGUGAUACGACAGCUGAUGCAACCAUUAGAAUCAGUAUCUUGGAUGUGAAUGAUAACGCUCCCAAGUUUAAGGAAAAUAACUAUGAGGUAUCAAUCUAUGAAAAUAUACCAAAUGAAUCAGCUUUACCGGAUUUAAUUAUGACUGUUACUGAUGAAGAUACUGGUACAGCUAAUUUCUACAAGUUUGUUUUGUUAAAUCAUACAGAUAUCUUCGCCAUCUUCCCAGACAGUGGACAAGCUCAAACUACAGCCAGUAUAAAAGUCAUAAACACAACAAAAAUAGAUUACGAACUUGGACCCAGACAAUAUUUUCUUGAUGUAUUAGCAGUUGAAACACAAACCGUCAAUCCAAAGACAGGAUCCGUUCGUGUUACUGUCAACAUCCUAGAUGUCAACGAUAACUUACCAAUAUUUGAUCCUCCAAAUUAUAUAAGAACUAUACCUGAAAAUGCUGUGGGUGGUAGGCUAGUUGUCACGGUUACUGCGACAGAUGCGGACAAUAAUCAAGUUAGUGAUAUUGUGUUUUCAUUGGUUGGUAACGGUGCUGAUAAAUUUGCUAUCGAGAGCAGAACGGGAGCAAUAACUGUGAAGAGUUGUUCAACCCCUGGUGUCAGACCGUGUAUAGACUACGAAGAUAGAAAACAAUAUCAGCUAACAGUUAUGGCACGUGAUGAGAAUGGCCAAGGACGAGAGAGCACUGGAUCUUUAACUGUCAAUAUCGAAAACAUCAACGAUAACAGACCACAGUUUCGCUUACCCAGUUAUCUUCGCUAUAUCAACGAGGGAGAAAUACUUACCAUUGAUCCUUUGGUGGUGUCGAUAACUGAUGCUGAUAACAAAGAUGGUGAUACAGUUGGCGCACCUACGACGUUUGCCAUACUUGGAACUACUUUAUGGCGUAUUGAUAGCCGGACGGGGAAUAUUACAGCUGUAGCUCCUAUUAAAUAUGAAGAUUCUGCGAAAGGAUAUUUUAAUUUUACCGUUUCUGCUAGCAACAGUGGAUCCAGACCAAACACUAAUAUUGUUCCAGUUUACAUCAUAGUUAUAGAUAAGAAUAACUUUAGUCCCACAUUUGUUCCCGCGGAUUAUACAGAAUUUAUUGAUGAAGAUAUAGCAUUUAAUUCCCCUGUGAUAUUGAUUACCGCGACUGACAAAGAUUCCCCAACAUCGGAGAAUGGUAGAUUUGAAUACACCAUUGUCAGUGGUUCACAGGGUAAAUUUGAAAUCGAUAGAAAUACUGGACAGGUCUCAACUUCAUCCGUAGCCACUUUCGACUAUGAUGUACAGAGACAAUAUCUACUAACGAUAUUGGCUCGUGAUGGCGGUAAACCACAGAGAACUGGAACUGCCACGGUUACUGUUAUUGUACGUGAUAAAAAUAAUCGACUACCUUAUUUUAUUCCUACAACCCAGCGAUUUGAAGUUAAUGAAAAUGUUGCCCUGGAUACGGUCGUGUACACCGUUAAAGCCACCGAUCCAGACGUGUCAGCCGUAUUAAGAUUCAAAUUUGAGGGACCAAAGUCAGCCAUUACUCCACAAGGAACUGAUGUUGAUAUCAACUCCUACAACUUUGGCGAUUUAUUUACUAUGGAGCCAACCACUGGUCGUAUAAAAACAGCUCGACGGUUAGAUCGUGAUAGAAGUUCCGUUAUUACCUACCAGAUGAUUGUAGAAGAUACAGCUUCACCUGGUCAAAGUGGAACAGGAACUGUAAUUAUAACAGUAUUAGAGUAUAACGUCAAUCCUCCAUACUUCGAACAGGCUGUUUACUUUCUAACUAUUGAUGAAGAACGACCAAUAGGAACGUUUGUUACAACUCUGGUUGCUAUGGACGAUGAUAAUACUAUAGAUCGAUACGAGAUGAUAUCCAAUCCAAAUAACUAUUUCACGAUUUCACCAAGCACAGGUGUUAUCAGUAUAAAUGGUCGUUUGGAUUAUGAACAGAUGAAUUCAACCAAGUUUAUAGUUCAGGCUUAUGAUACUGGCGUCCCUCAACUCAGUGGAUCUACCACAGUUUCUGUUAGGAUUAGAAAUAUUAACGAUAACAGUCCACGUUUUAUUAAUGAUACAUAUACGAAAGAAGUCCGAGAACAGAAGGGUCCCAGUGCUGUAUUGCUACAAGUAUCAGCAAAUGACAUAGAUUUAGAAGAUUUUGGAGUGGUUAGAUAUCGACUUGACUCCAGGAAGACUCAAUUUGAAAUUCAAAACGUGACUGGUGAAAUAAAAUUACGAGCUGGUCAAGAAUUAGACAGAGAAAGAGAGGCAAUAGUUGCCGUACAAGUUACUGCGUAUGACAGUCCCAAUACACCAGAAGUCCGUCGAGAAUUUACCAUUCCAGUAUACUUUAUUAUAUUGGAUGCGAAUGACAACGAACCAAAGUUUUCUCGGGCUGUUUAUUCCGCCACCAUUAUAGAGACCAUUGUUGUGGGUGCCGAGGUUGUACCACUUAUAGCGUCUGAUCUGGAUUUUGGUGAAAAUGCUAAUUUGGCUUUCUUUAAAACACAAAGUAUCUUAGAUCCUAAUGAUUAUUUUGCUGUCGGUCGACAAUCUGGUAAAGUAACAGUGGAUAAGCCACUUGUCGGAAGAUCUGGUGAUUAUACAUUUGAAGUGGAAGUUCGAGAUAAAGAUGGCGUACCUAAUUAUCUAACGGCAAAAGCUACUGUUGUUAUUACCGUUUUACCUGCUACCAAUUCACCACCAAGAUGGGUUUUCCCACCUUAUGAGAACAUGACAAUAGAUGUGUUAGAGAGUCAGUAUUACGGAAUGUUCAUAUAUGAUUGUCAUGCAGAAGAUGACGAUGACGGUCCUAGUGGUGUAAUUGAUUACGGGUUUAUGCAUGGUGGUGUAUUUACCAAUCAGACAAAAGAAUUCCAUAUUAAUCGUGUGACUGGUGUGAUACGAGCGGAGAUAGUUUAUGACCGAGAACAAGUUGAUCGAUAUUUCUUACAAAUCAUAGCUCGAGAUAAUGACGUCAAUCCUCAAAGUACUUCACGUUUUGUCACUGUCAGAAUUCUAGAUGUUGAUGACAAUGCACCGACCUUCCCAAUGAGUAAUGGCGUUGUUAUACCAUAUGAUUUUGAAGUGAAUGAAGACAGUCCAGCUGGUACACUUAUUGGUCGUGUCACGGCCAUUGACAGAGAUUUACCCCAAUAUUCUAAAAUAUAUUACGUUAUACUGGCUGGUAAUGAAAAAGACCAAUUUAGAAUUAACACAACAUCAGGAGAGAUACGGUUAAAUAGACCUAUUGACCGAGAAGAUCAAGCUACGUACACACUGUUCAUCAACGCCACUAACAACGUCAACGAUUACAGCGUUAUUCGUAAUCGUAGAAAGCGUUCUACCAGUCCCAGCAUGACAACUGUUCGUAUAAACGUGCGAGAUAGAAACGAUGUGGAACCAAGGUUUAUCUACCCUGCUGGAGCUACAAAAUACCACGGAUGUGUGUCUGUUAAUGCUCCGUACGGUCAGAGUAUUCUACAGGUAUCAGCAACUGAUGAUGAUUCAGGAGGUCCUGCUGGUAUUAGAUUUAAUAUUAUGUCUGGUAACGAUGACAACAUGUUUACUAUUAAUUCUAAAACUGGAAUGAUUUCAAAUCGUAACUUCUUGAGUAGCAAUACUAAACGAGUUUAUGAUUUAACAGUAAAUGCUAAUGAUACCAGUCUUGUGGAUAAAGCCGAAGCUUAUAUUUUUGUGACAACAGACGAUAACGAAGAGAAGUUGGUGAUUUUACAACCUGAAUCUGAAGUACGACGUUCUGUACCACAACUCAUCAGGACGUUAUCUAUGAAUUCUACUGGUAUUAAAUAUAUCUGUGUCACUAAUAUUCGAGAUCAUGUGAUGGAUGAUGGAAAGAUCUCUGAUACAUCAACUGAUGUAUAUGUGACUGGUAUAUCAGAAGGUAGAGCAGCAGACGAUUCGCCAAUCUUUACCAUUCUACCAGCUUCUGAUCUAAACGCUCGACUUACGAAGGCACAGGCUGAAAACAAACGUGACUUUGAUGCUCUUUAUAUUGACAGCAUGGGUGGAACGGGAAAAUCUGAUUCUUUCUUAGCGUUUUUUGAUCGUACACCUGUACUUGUUGUACUAAUUAUAGUAAUACUACUCAUCAUUAUGGCUAUAAUUCUCUUCUGUCUCGCCUGCUUCUGUAUCCAUGACUCGAAACAGAAAAAGAUCAGAAAAUAUCAAUCUGAACAUAUUGUAGGUGCUCCAAUUCAACCGGUAGCACAGCCUGUUGAUGUGGGAAAGAGUGUGAAUCCAAUGUACGAUAAUCCUGUUUUCGUUCCUGCUCCUGCUGCUCCAACCGCUGCUCCUAUGGUACUAGAUGAUGAUGAUGAUGAUGAUGAUGAUCCUGCUGUAUUUACCCCACAACCCGUUGAACCCCAGGAAUAUGCUACAGUACAGAGACCCGUUCAUACCACACCUCCUAACGAACCAGAAACAGAAGAACCCGUUAUUGUUACGACCAUUGAACCUGAUGAUGAUCUACCUGAGCCGUCGUACAGACCCCCUACUCCCGUUACCGAGGAACCGGAACCUGUCAUAGAAACGGUCGUUGACGAUGAACCAGACCAUGAUUAUAUCCAUGAUUUACCGCCACCCCAGGAAGAGGAGGAAGAAAUCGACACAGUGAUAAUCGCUGAUUCUCCCGAAUUGAAUCGUCGUCACACGACACCCUCAAUCAAAGAGGAAGACGAACCACGCACGUCGCUGUGAAAACAUUUUGUGAUAAUUAAUUCCAUUACAAAAGUCAUAAUGCUUUUUUAUAACAUGCACCAGGAACUUACUAUAAUAAACUUAUUACUUGUAAACGGCUGGAGGGAUGGGAGCCGGUAUUUUAUUUAACUCAUACUCUCAUCUUCCCUGACGAAAUUUACAUACCAUAAAAAAUUUACCUUAAAAUGCAAUAAAUAUGGUUAAAUUUAUAUGUCUAAACUAAGAUUUUGAUGAUAGUAAAUAUUGGCACAAUCUUUUGCGAAAAAAACUUGUUGCUAUUCUGAGGUAAAUAAAAUAUCUCCCUGCUAUUUCAAGGGGUUUGGGGAGUGUCAAUCAAAAAAGUCAUUUGUGUCCAGAAUAGGACGAAGAAAUAUUUAUGGUUGUCAAAGGACUGAAAAUUAAUGAAUAAACCAUAAUCAGCUGUAUGAUGCUGUGAAUUGUAACUUGUGAUAAAUAUUAUAAUUAGUUCAUAAACUAAGGUAAAAAUUAAUGGAUAAACCACAAUUAGACCUAUGAUGCUGUGAAUUGAAACUUGUGAUAAAUAUUAUAAUUAGUUAGUAACAAUUCCUUUGAUAUACAUUAUUGUAAGCUCCUGGUUUAGUUUUUUAUCAUGUAAUCUAAAUAAUUUGUGUGGACAUGUUUUAGUACAUGCUCAGUAAAGUCUGCCUAAUGCAUGACACCUGUCUAAUGUGAAUCUCAAUUUAAAGGAUAAUUUGUUGUCAUAAAUUUGAAAUACAUGUAUGUGGCCUCUGUCACAAGGGUUCAACAUGAUCUACUUAAUAAUCUUGUCACAAGGGCUUGAUAUAACCCACUUAAUAAUCUUUCACAAGGGCUUAAUAUAACCCACUUAAUAAUCUGUCACAAAGGCUUGAUAUAUUAUAACCCACUUAAUAAUCUGUCACAAAGGCUUAAUAUAACCUACUUGCUCAAACGCUGAAAAAAUUAAUUUCAAGCCCUUUCGUUUCAAUGAUUUUGAUAAUAUGAAGGGUGUUUUUUUUAAUACUCAAAUUGCUUAUUAAGGUAUUUUUUGUUUUAUUGAUUUUGAUACUAUAAAGUUUUAUUUUUAAUACAAUUAUUUUUAUUGAGUUUUUUAAGACCCUUAUUGUAAAUCAAAUUAUUAUGGAAUACAGGAACUUUGGGGUAUGGCAGUGUUUAGGACAACCAAAAUGUGAAAAUUCAAGCUUCGGUUUCCACUUGUCAAGGGUAGCAAGGACAGUGUAUCUAGUACAAAAAUUGAUAUUGCAUAUAAAAGAUCCCUUGGCAGUUGGAAUUAAAAAAAAAAGUAAGUGGAAAUGCCACCAUCUGGGCAAAAUUCUCCUCCAUCACAUUUCACAUGUUAGUAUCAAAAUGACCAAAGUUUUGAGUUGACUUUAAAGAACAUUCCAUUCAUGAUAUUUGUUGAGUUUUAAGAAUUCUUUAUGACACUGUAUCUCAAAUCGUAGGUCGUUAAAUUUUGUAUAUAUUUACAUGUGCACAUACAUAUAUAUAUACAUAUACUGGUAGAUAUAAUACAUAUACCAUACAUAGAUGCUUACUUUGUACAUUACAUUAAUUUUUAUCACAUGUCUAACCUCAUGGGUUUUCUCCAGGUCCUCCGUUUUCCUCCUACUACUAAAGACCCCUACGCGCAAGCAAAUUAUUGAAAUAAAAUUGAACCAUAUGUUAGUCCCGAAAUGACCUAGUUUGUGUCGAGUGGACGUUAAACCCCAUUUCUCUCUCUCUCUUUUAUCACAUGUUCUAUUUUAAUUUUACUAGGUUGUUAAAAACUUAUAACAAGGUCCCCAUGGGCUGAGAAUAGAAAAAAAAGCCACAAAAUAAUUUACUGAUUUGUCCACAUCUACUGGAAUUUUAACUUUUUAUAAACAUUUAAUAAAAUCUUGAAAAAAAUUAUUUAGAAAUCAAAAAAAAAUACUGUUAACUCUUCGAAAUAGAUUGAAGUUCCAAAACCUUGAUCAAAAUUAAUUAAUGAAAUUGAAGAAUGUCUCUCUGUGGGUUUUGUAGUUAAAAAUAGAUCGAUUGUAAUAUUUUGUUGUAUUCACUACAAUUGUUGACUGUCUGGUUUCAUUGUAGCAAAUUGAAUGAAAUCUAAAAGUCACUCUCUCAAUCUACUUGCUACCCAAAGCCAUUUAUAUAAAUUUUACAAAAAAGGCAAAAUCUAGACUGGACACAGUUCUAUGGAAUUUUAUUAAUGUUUAUUAGUGAAAGACGUUUAAACCAGGCGUCUCCGGUCUUAAUCAAGUAAUUACCAAUCGGGUAAAACACAGUAUUUGUCCAGUUUUCAACUUUUUGAUGUUAUACAGUUUGGAAACAACUUCCAGAAUCAAACAGUCCAUUUCUUAUAUUCAAUAUUUGUAAUAAUGACCUCUCCUAAUUAAUGACCACCAAAUUUCAAGUCAAUAUAUAUCGUUGUUGAGUUACGGCAAUAAACAGGUCCCAAAAAUAGCUACUUUAAUAAAUUGUAUUUUGGAACUCAAAUUAAUAUAUUAUUUUCUUUGUUUUAGCCGAGUAAUUGUAUUCGAUAUAAUUGUAUCUUGUGUAUUUGCGAUUGGUUAUUACAGAAUUUAAAAUGUAUACAGGAGCAAAUUAUUUUAUGUGUUUUUUAUAGUUAGAAUGUCUCAGUGAUAAAUUGUAUAUCUCAAUGUUUAUAGAAUGUAUAUCCGUCAUCUUAAAUUAAUCCACUCCGCGUAAAUUGUAGAAAGUUUUAUUUUUAUACUUACAUACAUAUAUACAUAAUAUUCCUAGUUGGUAUUACUGCUGAAAUUGUAUGAUAAACUUUAAAUAUACCAAGACUAAAUUUUUAUAAAUAAACUUUUUAUAGAAAAAUAA